AUUGUUUUCUACAAUCAACGAUGAUGACGAUGACGGGAAGAUUUGGAGGUUCGAGGGGAAGGGAAAUAACGGGACUAGUAGAGUUUGAGGACGAAAGGCAUCUGUGUAUAAGAGACGCUGUAGUCUUGAAAGGAAAGAAUAAGGCAUCAAGUACACCACUCUCACAAACUUGAACCCACAUUAAUCCUCAGACUUUUUGUUUACCAAGUCCCUUAAUACCAUCCACAAUGAAGUCCACCCUCUUCUCCACAACCGCCGCCCUCGCGGCCCUCACUUCCGCCUCCCCCAUCUCCCGCCGUGCAGAUGGCCCAACAGACGGCGAAAUCCUCAAUUACGCACUCACCCUCGAACACCUAGAAUCCACCUUCUACAGCGACGCCCUCGCCAAGUACACCGCCGCAGACUUCUCCUCCGCAAACUUCACCCAAGAAACCUAUGACCGCGUAAAAACAAUCGCCGCAGACGAAGCCGCACACGUCUCUUUCCUAACCGCAGGCCUCAAAGCCGCAGGCGCAACACCCGUCGAAGCUUGCACGUACAACUUCGGAUAUACAGACGUAGCAUCGUUCCUCGCCACCGCCUCUGUCCUCGAAGGCGUAGGCGUAAGCGCGUACCUCGGUGCCGCCGCGGACAUAAUGUCGAAAACCUAUCUCACUGCUGCCGGCUCGAUUCUCACCGUCGAAGCGCGACAUGCCGCCUACAUCCGGAACAGUAUCUCUGAAGCCCCGUUUCCUGCGCCGUUUGAUAACCCGCUCGGAUACAACGAGGUGUACACGCUUGCGGCGCAGUUUAUCAAGUCGUGCCCGGAGUCGAACCCAAAGUUGCCGGUAAAGGCGUUUCCGGUGUUGAGCGCGAAGCCGGCCGAGGAGGGCAAGAUGGGGAUUUACGGCGGUGACAGGAUUGUGGUUUCUACACCGAAAUAUAAGAUUGAGGGGGACGUGUAUGCGGCGUUUAUUACGGUUACGGGACCGGUUUUCGUUGAUGUAAAGGCAGUAGAGGGGGGGUUUGAAGUCAUGGUGCCUAAAGAGGGUGUGAUGGGGCAGAGUUAUCUGGUUCUUACGAGUUGCAACACUGCGGCUACGGAUGAUACGAUUGUGGCGGGCCCGGCAAUUGUCGAGGUUAUGGCUGCGAUGACUUAAGUCUCUGUCCAUCUUUCCUGACCCAUUCUGAACUUUACUGCUGUCUUUACGCACCCAGAGAGAGAAAAGAAGUGCAGUGUAAACUAAUUCUAUUAUAUAAUAUAUAAUUCUUUACUGCUAGUAUCAGAAAAAUUGAAAAAAAAUCAAUGGAAG